AUGCCGUACCAGGGAGACUGCCGAGAGCAGCAACGGUGGGAGGGUCAGGAGGGGAGGCAGCAAACGCAGGACGAGAACAGGGGGCAGAAGCAGCUCGUAGCCGGCGCUGGGGCACAGUUCGAAGCCGUGGGCGUGGAUUACGACGGCAUGUCGCGCUCCCUCGCGGAGCUCGCGGGGCCGGCCCCGGCCGCCUCCCCGGAGCUUAAGGCGGCGCUCGGACGGACCGCGGCCGCCAGCGCCGCCCAAUCGGAGCUUUUAGAUUCGGCCAGUCGGAUACGGAGGACUGGGAUACGAGACGUCGUCGGGGCGGAUAAGAGAGGCGAGCGUGCGUUCGGCCCAGCGGAGGCAGAGAAACGGGGGACGACGACGACGACGACAACGAAGAAGGAGAAGAAGAAGAAGAAGAAGAAGAAGAAGAAGAAGAAGAAGAAGAAGGAAAACGGCAACAACUAA